AUGACCGGACAACCCAACCUCUAUAGCUUUCCCAGCACAAAUGCCCUGGCAGAGCAAUUACGCCCUUACGUCCUUGCUAGCCAGAAUGCCGCUUUAAGCCGCCACGAUACCUUCCGCGUUGCUGUCUCCGGUGGCUCCCUGCCCAGCGUCCUCGCCCGCGCCUUGUUGGCUCCCAGCAAUGGCACUCCGGAAGACACACCCCAGUUCUCCAAAUGGCACAUCUUCUUCGCCGACGAGCGUGCCGUGCCCCUCGAUCACGAAGAUAGCAACUACCGUCUCCUGCAGGAGGAGCUUUUGAACAAGAUCCCCGCGGAGCUCGGAGCUCCGACCGUGUAUCCCAUUGACGCCGACGCCGUCCAGAACGAUGAUACCCAGGAACUGGCUGAUCUCUACCAAGAAGACCUGAUGCGUGUAUUCGCCGCCAAGGACAGCGUUAAGCUGCCUAUUUUCGACCUUAUCCUUCUUGGCUGUGGCCCCGACGGCCACACUUGCAGUCUAUUCCCUGGCCACGAGCUCCUGCGGGAGAAGGAUGCCUGGGUCGCACCUGAGAACAACUCGCCCAAGCCCCCACCAAAGCGCAUUACCCUUACUCUCCCUGUUGUCACCUCGGCCCUUCACAUCGCUUUCGUGGCUACCGGAGCUGGCAAGAAGGAUAUUAUGAAGGCCAUCUUUGAUAGCGAGGAGGGUCGCAGCCUCCCAUCGGCCUUGGUCAACCAAGGCGGCGGUGAGAAGGUGAGUUGGUUCACCGACCACCCCGCCAUUGAUGGCGUUGCUUUUCCCCGUCGCGGCAGCCUGUGA